AUUCCUGUUGUCAUCAAUAGGUGGCAGGAAACGAAUAUAAACGAAUAUAAAUUCCAGUGAAUUCCUUAAAGAAUUCUACUGAAUUGAAUUUUCUAUGAGUUUCUGGUGGAAUCCCUUCAAGUGUCCAAUGUAAAAAAAUGAUUCGGCGGGGUAAAUUGAUCAGCUACAAACCGCCUACACAUCUGUCAUGACACUCGAUGACAUUUCCAUUGAGGCAUUUGAAUUAUGUCGAGCAAAACACAGAGGGAUGAGUGUCACUCAUCGAAACUAGUCCAUCUAGAUCAUAAACCAGUGGAAAUGUGUUAAUUAAAAAUGUCAAUUAGACAUAAACCAGUGAAAGGAGUGAUGCGCAAACUCGUGGAGGUGCUACCCGCGUGAAAAAGACCACCGGUUAUCGAUUAGACACUCGUGUCAUGGAGGAUCUCCUGCAACAGAUCGUGCGGGACUCACAAAAUGCUAAAUUGUCGAAUUUACGGAAAUCAGCGCAAGAUGCGUACGAUUUCAUGGAAAAACAGCAGGGAUUGCUACGUGAUCCCCCGCAUGAACUCCGGAGCAAGUGUCUCCAUGCGAUUCAACUCGCGUUGGAAACUAAAAGAAGUAAAUUCGUGUCCUAUGGAAUUUCUGGACUGCACAAAAUACUGAGGGACGAUCGAUUUCAAUCGCCCUACGAACCCGAGGAUGACUCACUCUGGCUGCCAGCUCAGAUGUUGCAUGCUAUGGGAUCCAUACUAUCCCAGUCCGAUGAUACACAAACCGACAUGCUUAAGGUACUGCUGCAGGUCGCGUGUUCCGCGUACUGGACGAUGAACGGUCGCUUGAUCAUCGCCAUCCUGACGACGUGCUGCGAAGCUUUUGAGAAUGGAAACCAAGCGGUGAGGACAGCCGCCCAAGCAGCGACUAGUCAAACCCUUCGUUCAUUUUGUCUAUUCCUAGAUGAAGAGUGUCAGGAGAUGGACGAAUACGCCAAGCGCAAUAAAAAUUUGCGCGAGAGAGGGGUUUCCUGUUUCAACGAAGCCCUACCGAUCCUUCAGUACAUCUGCAGCCGUUUGGACGAGGCACAGAGAAGAAGAUGUUCCACCGGUAAGAAUGGCAACACCAUCGUCUUCCUUCUGGAGUGCCUGCACACCCUCAUCUCGUCAUUACCCCAGAAGAUUCACACCAAUGCCCACUUCACAACUUUUCUCUGGCAGAAGUUCUGUCCGGCAUUGAUCGCGUUUCUAGGAACCCCCCGCGUGGACAAAACAUUUACAUCGCGCGAGGGUAAAGACACCGAAGUGGGCCGGGGAUCUGGUUACACAACAUCAGCUUUGAGUUUUGAUAAUCACCAAGCGAAGACUGUAUACAGCAUUGGAACGGAUCUGGUGCGCCUCGUUGGCUGCGUUGGACCUCUCCGGCCAGUUCUGGAAUCAGUAUUCCACCGAAUGCUACUGUAUCCACCCCCUCAGCAGAGGUUAGAGCCCCUGAAGGCCCUGCGGGAGCUGCUGCGUAGUCCAAGCCGAAUAGUGGACUUCACAGGGCCGCUCCUGAUCGAAGAAGAAAAGACCAGUCAGCCUCAGAGUGAUAUGGCCCUGAUGAGACUAGCCAUGGACUCCAUCGAGGAGUCAACUAUGGCGGGUCAAUCCACCCUCUACGCGAGUGUUUCCUGCGUCGUGGCAAUGCUGUCAGCCCUGCAAGAACUUUGCGAGGGCAAAGCCAUCAGUCACAGCUACACCUGCACCAUCAAUACCCUCUACGAAAAUCUGGAGUCCUGCGAUUAUCGUGGACCUUUGACCUACCAGAGCAUGGCGAGACUCCCUAAAACCUAUCGAGAACAGUUAGAAUUGAUGAAGAAGUCGAGCGAUUCUGAGUCGGAUUCCUCUGGUCACGGGCCAUCGGAGGACGGUGACUCCACCGAUACAGAGGGACCACAGAAUGAAUCAGACGACGUCAACGAGGAGAACAGCAUCGACGAGCACGAUUACGCUAUUGAGAACGAGAAGGAACGACUGCGACUGGAGAAACUACCAAAGUGUCUUCACGUCGGACGACAAGCAGCUGAAGAGUGCAACGUUGACGUUGAACGACACAACGCACGUCAAUUCGUCAAGAUCUUACGUACAGACCUCAUACCAAAUGUCUUAAAUCUGAGAAGUAAUAUCGAGGUCGACGAGGCGCUUCAGAGCUUCGCUUCGGAAUACUGUCAGGGUGUCUUUGCUGCGCAGCAGAAGAUUCAAGAUCGAACGCAGAUGAGCGUUGAUACGUGUGCCUUAAUCACGAUAAUGAAUGCCGAUGGUAUUUAUCUAGCUACUUAUGCAGCACUGCUGCUCAAUCUUAAGCUCAUCAGGAUGAACUACUACUGCUUGGAGGCGCGACAGGUGCCAGUCAGCGAAGGGCAGUUUGUCGAGGAGGUGCAUGGGUCUGGAGUUCUUGUUUACUUAUCAGCGACGUGGCUCUCGGAAUUGUACCAGCAGAUCUUGGCUUGCAAUCUUUUAGAGAAAUGCGGGUACAAUCCUUCGUCAACUGAGAACUGUGCACUUGUGAAUAUUCUGGUGGAUGUAGAUGGAAUCAGUGAGAGCCAGAGGGGAGGGCAGUUGCUAUCGGAUUACCGACGCCUUGAGAAGGCACAGCUGUCCAGAAGUGAACCCACACCUGAGGCUGAGGCAGGUGCCAAAUUGUCGCGCAGGGUGUUGUCCUGUUGUUGGGCGAGUAUGAUGACGGUUUUAACCGCGGGGUUGAAUCCAGUCAAGGAAGAAUCCAAUAAGGGUCUUCUGAACCGGGAUAACACACGGAGAGGAAUAAGGGACACAGUGGUUCUGGCGUUGGAUGGACUCCACAAAGCAGCAACCCUCAGCAAUAUUCUAGGUUUGCAGAAUCGCUGUGGUUCGAUUUUUGCUUUGCUCGCGAAAGCUGCUUGCACUGAGCCAGCGAUAUCGAAGCUGAGGCGGACAAAAGAUGUUCUCAGGCUCAAAUUGCAAAACAGAGCGACGAAUAUUCAUACGUCGCAUGCGUUGAGUAUGGAGGUGUUGCUUGGAAGAGGAUUAGAGCUUGGGAGUCAUGGUUCUGACUGCUGGCCUCAUGUCUUCACGUGUUGUCUGUAUGUCAGCAAACUCGAGCACGAUUUCUUCGGGAGGAACCAGACGCUCUCCCUGCCGAAGGUCGUCAAGAGGGAGAAGAAGGAAGUGAACACGUCGGAUGGCAAAUUGAAUGACAGGAACAAACUGAACUUCAAUAUUGUCGACGAGGAGGAAACUUGCGUGGAUGUUUACAGCUUCUUGUCAACUCCUUACAGCCAGAACACCAUUACCGAUACAAUUCCAGAGAUCAUUCAGGAAUCCAACGCUGAUAAUCAGUUCAAUGGAAUUCUUCCAGCCGACUACGCUGCAAAGAUCAUCUGUGUUUUAUCCCAACAAGUUGAUAGACUGUUCGAAGAUGCUGCUUUGAAGCUGAACUUGAAGGCCCUGUGCUCAUUUCUAUCAGCUCUGUGCUGCGCCAGUAAAGACCAACUCUUCAAGUCCACAGAGAGCUCGAGAGAUAGCAAAAAGUUCUGGUGGAAGAAGAGCAAACCUCGAGAAGAAGAGCUGAACGUUCUUCUGCUCUCGAGAUUGGGUGAAGUGAUGCUGAAGUGUGUGAAGAGUGGACGACCCUUAAUCCAUGUGAUGAGGAUUUGGAGUAUAUUGGGGCCCCAUUUCAUGGAAGCAGCUUGUCACAAAGACAGGGAGAUCUCGAAGAAGGCAGUUCAGUGUAUUCACGACUCGAUGGCGGCAUUGUUGAAUGAACAGAUUGAACUGCCCCACUUUCAUUUCAACGAAGCCCUAUUCAAACCCUUUGAGAAUCUCCUCUGCCUCGAGCUCUGCGACAACGAUGUGCAGGACCAAAUCGUCAGCUGUAUCUGCGAAUUCGUUGAGACCAAUAGAACGGAAAUCAGAUCUGGGUGGAGGCCCCUAUUCGCUGCUCUACGAGUAGCUUCCGUUGGGAAUUCCGAUGCUGUAGAGUCAGCACCACUUCUCGAGGUGUUCCGAGUGUUCCUGUCAACAGACAACACUCUUGUAUUUGCUAAUGCCGCAUUGGAUUGCAUUCUGUGUCUCUUGAUGCACGUCCGGGGCUCCGGGGAAACCGAGACACCCCAGGAUAUCGAUCAGAUCAACAAUGCAGAGAUCAGAAAGAUGAGGCUGUGCUUGGAGAGUUUGAAGUACUUACUGAAUUGCAGUGAUAUCUUAUCCUCGAUGUAUCGAAUGCCCGCAUGCCCCAUUUUUCAUUCAGUCGCUGGAAGUCAGCUGUUCACAAUUCCCCAAUACGUUGACCCAAUCAUUCCGAAUCUGGAGCUAACCAAAUUCGAGAGAUCUUCCGAGUCGAUGCAGGAGAUCGUGCCGGAGAUUUCUUACGAGAUUCUAUCGAGGGUUGAUAAAGCACAAACGAUUACCCUUCAGAGUAUGGAGAAACCCAGUGGAAUACUCAGGGUGUGGUAUCUUCUGAUUGAAGGACUUGCCAGUGCCACCAUUCUCUGCCCCAGGAGAUAUCAACCGCACACUCUUGAAACACUUUUCCAUCUUCUUCGGGAUGUCCUCAAUGUUCCGGGACCCGCCUUCGGCCUCUACUGCGUCAAUCAUCUCCUUCUGCCGAUGGUUCAGAAUUGGUUGAGAAUGACCUCGAAAAUAUUCAGGGGCUGGGACAAUUUCGCACCGAAUUUCAAACAAUGCUGUGGACUUACCACAGAUCUCGUCGUUGAUUAUCUAACUCAUCUUCAAGGUCCUGAGGUAAAGCGAAAGGACGAAUUACUUCCGGCCACUACUUUAAUGCUGAAGCAACUGCUUUUGGUGAUGGCGGAAUGCGUUGUGCAGCAAACAGAGAGUAUUGCAAGGCUGGGGUGCGCCUGCAUCAGACAUGUUCUCGUUAGCAGCGGACCAAUUCUCACCCCAGAGCAGUGGGAAGUCUGCGGUAUAGCAUGCUAUCGUGCCUGUUCAAAUUCCCUUCAGGAAUUACAUCAACUUACGAUGGCAUUCUCACCCAGAUCAGAGUCUUUUUACGGUGACAUCGCUCAGGUCAAGGUUGCCGCCAGGCGAGACGCCACGCCUGAGGAAUCGGAACGUCUUCGUCAGCUGUCGGCACAGGUAUUUCUUCUUGCUGAGCAGCGACCAGAGAAUUCUACCCAACAUUCGGACGAAAGAUCCUAUGUCUUCCUGCUGUAUCCACCGUCUAUCGCCUCGACGUUAAAUCCAGAUUUGUAUAUUGUUCGGGUGCAAUUGCGGGCACUCGUUGUUGGUUUGUUGGUACACCAGAUGCUGUUGCACUGCAUAGCAAGUGUUCUUUUGUCGAGCUCUGGAGGUUCAAUCUCAUGCCUGACAAAUUUGAUACCGAGCUCAACAUCUCCAACAUCAAAAAUCCCCUCCACAAGCUGCAUGUCUCACCUGACUUCUCGUCACAUUGACACAUUCCUAGCAGCUCUGGAUCUGGCAUACGCAGCAGCCCUGAAAUUCGAUGCUCGUCCGGGUCUCAAGUUUCUCCUCCAGAAAGUCGCCAAUUUGGAGCAGCCCGCAAACCUCUAUCGACAGGCAGGAGCAGCCUGGACAAUUAAAAUUCUAACGCUCCUCGAGCUUUGUCUGAGAGAGAUAACGAAAACUGGAGCUGAUCUCGAAAUUGUCAAGGCCAUAAUUUCCAACAGCCUCGAAAGAUCCCAUGAAAAAUCAGGUUAUCACGAUCUGAUUAAAUACAUUAAGCAAUUGCGAACGACUUUUGAGAGUCUGUGUGAAAAUUACGUGGACGUUGCGUUAAAUCGUGAUGGGAAAUAUUCUCUCGCUGAUAGUUUUGCGGAGAGGAAGAUUUUCCUCUUGGUGGCGCAGCCCGAUGAUUUUCCAGAGAUCACCAGCAAAGAGUCCAUGGACGUUCGUACUUUUCAUCCAAUGACUCCUGACGAGAAUAAUCUCGAAAUCGCACUGAAGGAAUUCAACGAGACAGGAAACACUGGGAAAAUCGAGGAGGAAUACCGAUCCCUCAAGCUUUUUGAUUUGGCUUCUGAUUAUUAUUUGGAGUCUGGACCAGAGUCUGCGUCAGAGUCCGAGGACUCAAAACCCUCCUCGCGGCCGGCAUCUCCGAGAAAACGAAUUGUCUAUCAGGCGAACUCUCCAGAUCGUAACAAUAAAGACGUUCCAACGAUUCUGAAGAACAACGAGAAAACGCACAACAAUCAUAUGGGAAUCGAAAGUGAAAACUCUCAGGGAGAAAUCGUAUUUAACUCUUUCGAUUAUGCUAAUGGCAGGAGAAAAAGUGAAAAUAGUUUAUUAUCCAGGAGAAAUUCCCUGAAGUUCUUUAUGAAUUAUGAUUUGAAGGACGACGCGGUCUUUUCAAAAUUCCAGAGGUCAAAAUCUCUGAUGGAGUUGCACACGGGCUGCGAUGAUAAUUACCCUAAAGUGUCUUCAAAAUAUCGAGUUGAUGAGUCUUUUGAAGGUGAAUUAGUUGCUGAGGAGCGGAAAUCUUCGGAUAGUGCUGAAAAUUCGGUGAUUAAUUCGAGAUAUGAGGAGAAUGUUGACGACUUGUUGAAGGAGUACGAGAGGAGCAAGAGGGGAUUCAGGAUAAAUCCCUUCCUGCAGGAUUACGAUAGAAGUUUGGGGGAGACGUGUGAGGGCAUGAAGAAGGAGAAAAUCAUUGCUAGGGACAGUGAGGCACAUCGAAGGGCUUGGGCUGAGACACUUUGCGCUGGGCUCGAGUGGGCGCUUGCACUUCCGGAUGAUAAUCUGAAGCCACUUCUUCCAGUGUUAGUCGGUGGAGUUAGAACCCUGACAAAGUUUGCAGUUGAUCAAAAUCUCAAACAAAAACUCUCUACUCUAUUCCAUCGUAUUGUCGUACUCUAUGGCUUGACAAAUAACUAGACUAUCUGAAUAAUUUUAACCUAAAGCUUAAUUAUCGAAACAUAAGGUUACGCAGGCUGUAUAAAAUGAUUGACUGAAAAUUUAAGAGAACAAAUUGAUGAAUUUUAAAAACUAUAUAUCCAAAAGUAUUUUAACUGAAUAUCCAUUCCAUCGUAUUUGAUAGCUUUGUUAUUACGAUGGGCUAUUGCUGACACAAUAAUAUUCGUAAUGCAUGGACAUGUGUCUGGAUGUCAAAUGUAUGAUACUGUAAUGUCCAAUAUAUUAUUUUUCGAAGUGCUGUUACUGGUGGAGUGAAAAAUUGAUGAAAAUAUACAUUUGGAAGGAUUAUGACUGCUAAUGUAUCGAGUUCUGUAUCAAAGAAAUAUAUCGACAAUAUAAAUCCUCA